CCUCGCCCGGCCGCGGAACCGGCAGACGAUUUUGCGGAGGAGGCAGCCGAUCGAACGUUCUGGUCAGCGGAAGGUGGGAUUGUGUGAGGAUUUAGUCGGGUUUUGCAUCUUCGCUAGGUCCGUUGCCGGGGCUUGUUUUACUCCGAGUUUGGGUUCUUGAAGCUUUGGGUGGUCUUUCUAUCUAAAGUAUUGGACAUGCAAGACAGAUGAAUAAAAGAAAGCAUACAUGCAGUGGUCAGCAGAUUAGUCUACUUCAAGAAAGUGAUAAAGAAAAGGGUGAAGAAGAAAAGAGGUGGACAACGAGAUUGUCAUUAAGUAAGAAAGCGGUAUGAGACUCAAUAGAGUGGACAAUGUGCACUGGACCUGCUAUUCAUAUUCAGAGUGGAAUUUUUAUGACGCAUUUCCUUUGCUUACUAAGUCAAAUGCGUAGUCCUGUGGUGCAGUAAAAGCAAGUCAGAUGAAACGAAGUUUUAUGAGUUAUACUUUCAUGCGCAUUAGAAUCAAUUUAAUGGCUGCAUUUCAAAAAGCAUUUCGUUCAAAAAACAAGCACAUUUGUGACUGUUCCUGUUUCGAUGGGUGCAAGAACAGAGCACAAAUGCAACAUCAGUGGGUACAUCUAUCAGAAAGGAAUCACACUAGAAAUUAUCAGAAUUUGAUUGGAAGAUAUGUUGGAUUCAAAUUAAAAACAAUAGAUUUCGACUUAUGGAUUUUUGCACCUUAUAAACUAAUGGAUUUUAAUUUUAUACUGAUAAAAAUAAGAAAGAAAAAUGUGUAAACAAAGACUUUUCAAGUAAAAUUGAGAAAAAUGGUUGAUAGGAUCUACUAACUAGAUUUAAGAUAAAACUAUGAAAUUGUGUACUGUGAAAAAUAUUCAUUCUUUCCUGAAUGAAAGGCUCUUAGUAA